ACUGGUAAGCCUGAGUACAAUUGUCCGAUCAUUUACACCUCUGUGGUAUCACGUCAUGCUAGAGUUACGUGAACAUGCGAACGUUUUGUUUACGUUUCCCAUACUUUGUUGUUGGCGGAUGAUAUCAGAACGGGAUGGAUUCGGAGAUUCGAUUGACGGCUUACAGUAGUGAUGUUGCAAUCUCAGCGCUUCAGAAGCAAUGUGGAAUAUGUAAAGAAGCCGCAGGAAAAUACACAUGUCCUCGAUGCAAUGUUUCUUAUUGCUCUCUCGGAUGUUUCAAACACCAAACACAUUCUGGAUGUUCAGAAUCUUUCUAUAAAGAUUGUUUUGUCCAAGAAAUGAAGCAAAGUCGAGCAAGUGAUGCAGAAAAAUUAAGAAUUAUGAAAAUGCUGAAAAAUUUUGAAGACGAAAAUAAGAAAGACGACGAUCCUACAGAAAUAUUAGAAGAAAGAUUGAAGAACGUGAAUUUAGAUGACAGUGAUGAAGUUUGGAGUCGGCUCACUCCUGAUGAACGGGAGGAGUUCAAAAGAAAUAUGCAAAAUGGAAGCUUGGUAAAAGAAUGGUCGCCAUGGUGGUUGUACCAUGACACAAACCUUGUUACAGAAAUAGAUUCAGUAAAGCAGAACACAAAAGAUAGGAGUCCUGUACCACAAUAUAAUCUGCAAGUGAAGAGUAUCGAAGAUCUUCUACAAGGUAGCAAUCCUUCUAUUCUAGUGGGAAACAAUCUUGUCAAUGUUCUUUUCUGCUACGCAUAUUUUUGUCGCCGAUACAAUGGAAACAUGAAUGAAAUUCCAUGUGAAUUUGCUCAUGAUAUAAUUUCAGCAUCUACCUUUUUGAGUAAAGGAAUUACAUUACAGAGUUGCUCUGAAUCGGUCCAAUCUGCCAUGGAUGGAUGUACAACAGUACAAAGGGAAUUGAAUAGUACAGAAAGAGAAGGUGUUGAGACCAUUUUAGACACUUAUCACAUCUUGCUUGGAUCUCACAAAGAUGACCCUUCCAAUUAUUCAAUAGCGGGAAUUUCAGAACUUCAUACUACAUGUAAAUCACUCAAAAGGAGUAUAAAGAAAAAAGAAUUCUGUAGCAACAUUGACUCGAAAGACAUUUUCAAAAUCAUGAAAAAAAUAGAAUUUCUUUUAGCUUGGAUAACAGACUAUAACGUGCGAUUCCUUCCUUUAGCAUUAGAGGUUUUUGGUAUUUACAAAGAUAGAUUGAAGUUUCAUAAAGAACAUGAAUCUCAUAAAGAGGCUACUAAUAAAUCAAGAAGCCUGGCAAGGGAACCGAAGAAAAAGAAAGUUAUUAUUGAGGAAAUAAGAUAGCCUAACCUUUUAAUUUUAAACUCAUAAUAAACUUUAAUGUUAAAAAUAUAGACACAUAAUGAAUUUUCUAAACGAAAGUACACGGAAAGAGAUAUGACAGACACAAAGCGAUGCAUGUUGGGCCACUUCCAGAGAUGCAUCAUUAAUGGUAUGGUAACGCAUGUAUGAUUGGUUCUGUGGCUCCUAUGUUCAUUUUUCUAACGUGAUGCUUUUCAAUCCAUUUACUUCAAACAAUGCACUGCAUCCAUGGAAAUGUAGAAAUUAUUAGAAUUAUUUUUCCUCUUGGCUAAGCUUAAGUCUUCCACCAUGGGGUUUAUCAACAUCUUAACCUUAACAUCUAACCUUUAAGCACCUGUCCCCACUUCUAAACCAGUGGUUCUCAAACUGGGGCCCGCGACCUUUUGUGGUCAGUGAAGCAAUUUUGGAGGGUCCGCGAAACAAAACUGUAAUAUGGCUAAUAGCUUGAUAAUACAAAAAGGAAGUGCUUAAAUUUGCAAACACACAUUUGUUGCCUUUUGCUGCUUCGCAAUCACUGCUGGAGACGCCGAUUCUUCACUUUCUGUUUCGAUUGCGCUGCCCCAUUGUGAUGUCACAGAGCUUUGGGCCUGUGAUAUCACAGAGUUCAAUUCAUGCCACCACAAGUUUACUAAUUGCAGAUCUGAAGCUGCCCUUUAGUCACUCAUGCCAUUAAAGUUGUGCUUUAAACUCUUUUGUUCGUUUCACUAUACGGCACAUUGAUUUUUUGUUGUGAUCCUUUAAUGUUUUGUUUUAGUGUACAAGGCCGGGAAUCAUUAAAAAGUUGUAAGUUCCGUCCGUCAUGCAAUUUUUUUCAAAAAGUUUGGGAACCACUGUUCUAAAGAAAUGUUGAUGUAAUGGUACACCAUGUAAGGACAGAUCAAAAUCAUGUUUGUAAGACCACAUUCAAUACCAGCAGUCCCAAAUUUAGCACUUCUUCAAUUGGUCAAGGUAGGUUAUCAAAGCCAGCGAACCAUGUGGUGAUGUAAUCUUGAUCAUUGGACUUAUUCACACACAGGGUGGAGUGCAGUUCAGUAUGAAAACGGAGCUGUAUUUUCAUUGAGUUUAAUUAUUAGACUCUAUUAAUAGCGACCCAAAUUCUUCAGACAAUUGUGAGUUGGGAACUGGCAUCUGAAUUAUUGUCAACCAAUAGUCGCCACAAAACUGCUCUCGAGUUUUGGAGCGGGGUGCACAUAUUCAAAUGAAGUUCAGUAAACAAAGAUGGAAAGCGUGGAUUUAUUAUUUUCAAGCAGUAAAUAAAAUAUAUAAAAACACGAAACUUCAUUCUCAGCACAUGUAUGUUGAAGAGAUAUGAAUGGGGAUGCCAAAACGAGUAGAUUGGAAAUUAUUCAGAUUCAAUAUUUUAAAUUAUUAUUUUGAGCAAAAAAAAGUCUAACAGUAUAACCAAAACAACAUUCGAUUCAUGAAGAUUGUAAAAAAUGAAUUCCAAGUGGUAGAUUAUACAGUUAUGGCCACCUCUCAAUGGAAGAUUAUAUUUAUAUGGUUUCAGCCAUUCCAGCAUUGAAAAAUACUACCACAGCCAGAAUUCUGAUGUCAACGAUUGACUCCUUUACAUUGCCCUAGCCACAUUUU